CGGAGAAGCCCCUCCUUGCAGGACGCCCUCCUGAGCAGGCACAGGAGGCUGUGCUGUCACAGACAUUCUGCUGUUUUGUUGUGCACAAGCGGUGCCAUGAAUUUGUCACGUUCUCCUGCCCAGGCGCCGACAAGGGUCCAGCCUCUGAUGACCCUCGGAGCAAGCACAAGUUCAAGAUCCACACCUACUCCAGCCCCACCUUCUGUGACCACUGCGGGUCGCUGCUGUACGGACUCAUCCACCAGGGGAUGAAAUGUGACACCUGCAUGAUGAACGUCCACAAGCGCUGCGUGAUGAACGUCCCCAGCCUCUGCGGCACGGACCACACGGAGCGCCGCGGCCGCAUCUACAUCCGGGCGCACAUCGAGGGGCCAGUCCUCACCGUCCUCGUAAGAGAUGCUAAAAACCUUGUCCCCAUGGACCCCAAUGGCUUGUCAGAUCCCUAUGUGAAACUGAAACUCAUUCCUGACCCAAAAAGUGAGAGCAAACAGAAGACCAAAACCAUCAAGUGCUCCCUCAACCCUGAGUGGAACGAGACAUUCAGAUUGUUUAAGCUGCUGAGCCAGGAGGAGGGCGAGUACUUCAAUGUGCCCGUGCCGCCGGAAGGAGGCGAAGGCAACGAGGAGCUGAGGCAGAAGUUUGAGAGGGCCAAGAUCGGCCAGACACCCAAGACUCCAGAAGAAAAAACUACCAACACCAUAGCCAAAUUUGACAACAAUGGGAACAGGGACCGGAUGAAGCUGAGUGAUUUUAACUUCCUGAUGGUGCUUGGGAAAGGCAGCUUUGGCAAGGUCAUGCUCUCCGAGCGGAAAGGCACGGACGAGCUCUACGCCGUGAAGAUCCUGAAGAAGGACGUGGUGAUCCAGGACGACGACGUGGAGUGCACCAUGGUGGAGAAGCGGGUGCUGGCCCUGCCCGGGAAGCCGCCCUUCCUGACCCAGCUGCACUCCUGCUUCCAGACCAUGGACCGCCUGUACUUCGUGAUGGAAUACGUGAACGGCGGUGACCUCAUGUACCACAUCCAGCAGGUUGGCCGGUUUAAGGAGCCUCAUGCUGUAUUUUACGCUGCAGAAAUCGCCAUCGGCCUCUUCUUCUUACAGAGCAAGGGCAUCAUUUACCGUGACCUAAAACUUGACAAUGUGAUGCUGGAUUCCGAGGGCCACAUCAAGAUCGCCGACUUUGGCAUGUGCAAGGAGAACAUCUGGGACGGGGUGACCACCAAGACGUUCUGCGGCACUCCGGACUACAUCGCCCCUGAGAUCAUUGCGUACCAGCCCUACGGGAAGUCGGUGGACUGGUGGGCAUUUGGAGUCCUGCUGUAUGAGAUGCUGGCCGGGCAGGCGCCCUUCGAAGGGGAGGACGAGGAUGAACUCUUCCAGUCCAUCAUGGAGCACAACGUGGCUUACCCCAAGUCCAUGUCCAAGGAGGCCGUGGCCAUCUGCAAAGGGCUGAUGACCAAGCACCCGGGCAAACGUCUGGGCUGCGGGCCGGAAGGCGAGCGGGACAUCAAAGAGCACGCGUUCUUCCGGUAUAUUGACUGGGAGAAACUGGAACGCAAAGAGAUCCAGCCCCCGUAUAAGCCAAAAGCUAGAGACAAGCGAGACACCUCCAACUUCGACAAAGAGUUCACCAGACAGCCUGUGGAACUCACGCCCACGGACAAACUCUUCAUCAUGAACUUGGACCAAAAUGAGUUUGCCGGCUUCUCCUAUACUAACCCAGAGUUUGUCAUUAACGUGUAGGUGAGCGCCCGCUCCUCGCCGAGCCUGGGGGUAGGACUCCAGGCCGAGUGUACGCAUUGAUUCGUCUUCCAGAUCCGCGGUGCUCCUGCCGGCACUCCAGGGUGGGAGCUGGCCGGAGGCUUCUCUUUGGAUGUGUAGCUUGCUGGUUUGUUUUCUACAUUUGAAAAAUGUUUAGUUUAGAGUAAGCGCUUUAUCCAAGUAGAAAGGAACCGUUUUCCAAUCUUCCAGAAACUCAUCAAAUGAACAGACGAUGUCAAAACUACCAUGUCUGAUCCCAAAAUGCUUCAGUAUUUGUAAUUUUUAAAAUCAGAAGCUGAUGUUCCUAGUGAAAGUUUUUACAGCUGUUCUGCAGUAUUACCCUUGAAUGCUAAGCAUGACUGGUGUUUUUAAAAAUAGUGAGUAAGCUUUGCAGUUACUGUGAACUGUUGUCUCUUGGAGGAAAUUUUUUGUUUAAGAAUUGACAUGAUUAAACGGAGUUAAUAUAUGCAAA